UGUACCGCGGCCGCAAAAAGGUUUGUUUGUAGACAAAGCAAAAAUUAAAGUGGAACCGUUUAUAAGUAGGUAUAGAUCCCCUGCGAAUGAAUACUUGGCAACAACUGCUGCCGCCAGCUGCUCCACGUGAGUGAAGGCGUGUGCCUUUGACGUAACAUCUCAAAUCAAGCAUAACGUGAGUUACGCCAAAAUAAUUGGUUACGCCCACAUUUACCAGUUGUAGAAGCGUCUGUUGGUCUGUGGAUGAACAAGCAGCAUUAUAAAAUGUCAGGUAAAUGGGGAAAAUACGGAAAGAAAUAUCGCAAAGAAUGGGAGACAGAAAAAGGAUUAAUGGAGUGGAUUAGAAGUGUUCCAAAUGACGAUAAAAAAGCGUUCUGCAAAUAUUGCAAAUGUGAAAUCAGAGCUCACCACGGUGAUCUGUUAGCUCACGCUGCAACUGAAAAACAUAAAAAAAAUGCGGCUCCUUUCUCAAAUGCCAGAACAUUGUUUGACACUGGCAGUUCCUUUCUAAGAACGAAUGUUGCUGUGAAGGAGGCAGAGUUGAAGCUGGCAGCUCAUGUUGCUUGCCACUCAAGUACCUUAACUGUUGAUCAUUUAGGAAGUGUUGUGGAAGAAAUUUCCAAGAAAGGUAUUAGUUUACACCGAACAAAAUGCACAGCACUAAUUAAUUCAGUGAUAGGACCAGUAGUGCAUGAAGACCUUCUGGAGGAUAUAGGAAGUGGACCAUACUCUCUUAUUGUUGAUGAGAGCACUGACGUCACAACCAGAAAACAACUAUGCAUAGUUAUCAGAUAUUACAGCAAGAAGCUCUCACGAAUCAUUAGCACUUUUGCAGGAAUGAUAAAUAUAGUUGCUGGUGAUUCACUGACCAUAGCAAAUGCUUUGUUCAAAUUCCUGGAUGACAACAAAUUGUCUGUACUGAAUUGCAUCGGUCUUGCAACGGAUGGCUGUAACACAAUGUGUGGCAAACAUAACUCAGUGCUACAGAAAUUCCGUGACCGCAAUCCUCAUAUUGUCUACAUAAAGUGUGUGUGCCAUUCUCUUCAGCUCUGUGCAUCAAAAGCCGUCAGUGUCCUCCCCAGAAAUGUUGAGUACAUGGUUUCUCAGACCUACAGUUGGUUUUCAAAUGCCACCCAGCGUCUCCAAAAAUAUUCUGAACUGUACAAAACCAUAAAUGUAGGUGAAAGCCCUCUGAAGAUUCUGCAACUGUCUGACACUCGAUGGCUCGCUAUCAGUGAGUGCAUCAACCGGAUCCUUUCACAGCACGAGGAGCUUAAGUUGCAUUUCCAGUUAACAAAAGAUAGUGAGAGAAGCUAUGCAGCGGAAUUGCUGUACCAAAUGUACAGUGACAAUAUUAACUUGAUCUACCUGAAAUUCCUCCAACCAAUUGUUUCAGAGUUAAACAGACUCAAUAAAAUCUUUCAACUUGACAAACCCGAUCCUGCAAAACUUCUAAUGGAACUUCUAACAUUUUACCGGUCCCUUCUUGAGCGCAUAGGUUUGCCGAAGACAUUUCAGAGCUGGCAAGACAUCAUGGAGUUUAACUUUUCUGAUGAGAAUCUUUUGCCACUUGAUGCUGUAGACUUUGGGGUGCAGUUCCGUCUUGCUUUGUUUGAAGCCAAUGGAAUAAGUGACCAAGCUGAAAAGGACCUGAAAUGCAGGUGCAGGGACUACAUGCUGGAGUUAUCAAAGGAGAUUAGGAAGAGACUUCCAGAUAACAUUAAACAGUUAGAGGCUCUCAAAUUCCUGUCACCGAUUCAUGUUCUGUCCUCAAGUAAGCCAAGGAUUGAUGAGCUUCCUUUUUUCCACCUCUUCAAAGGGGAUAUAGGAAAAGCAGAGCAACAGUGGAGAGUAAUUCACACACUGGAAUGGAAAAAUACAGAAGAUGGCAAAACAGAGGACUUCUGGGUUGAAGUUUCUGCAUACACAGAUACUGCAGGUGAUAGAAACUUUGGAGAUCUUGGCAACUUUGCAUUGAGUCUUCUUGCUUUGCCAUUCAGUAAUGCAGCAGUUGAGCGUUCAUUUUCCCAAAUGUCACUGAUAAAGAACAAGCUACGAAACAGGCUAGAGCAGAAGUCUUUGCUAAAUAUAAUGAGGAUUCGAGCUUACAUGCAAAGAAGAAACAUCUGCUGCCAUGAAUUUAAACCAUCACCACGGAUGCUUUCUCUCUUUACUGCUGAAAUCUAUUCAGCACCACCUGAGAAGGGUGGGGAAGAGAGCACAAAUGUCUAAAACAAAACAUCCCUGAGAUUGUAGAUAGUUCUGUUCAAAGUUCUCAAAAAGUUCAAAGUUCUCAAAAUGAGGUUGAACAGUUAGGACAUCUAAGAAGAAAAUGUUCUGAAUAGUUCUGGAAAAGAGAAGACAAACAAGAACAAAAGUUCACCAAAACAGCAGCAGAUCUGGAGAGAAGAGCAUCAGAGACAAGUGCAGAGAAGAGAAAAAACCUCGCUCUUCUCCAUGGC